AUGGCUCCAAUCGAAUAUUUAUUAUAUGAAGAACCAACUGGUUACGCUAUCUUCAAAGUUAAGUUGCAACAAGAUGACAUCGGUUCUAGAUUAGGUGAGGUUCAACAGCAAAUUAACGAUUUUGGUUCUUUCACUAAGUUAGUCGAAUUGGUUUCUUUUGCUCCUUUCAAAGGUGCUGCCGAAGCUUUAGAAAAUGCUAAUGACAUUUCCGAAGGUUUAGUUUCCGAAAAUUUGAAAGCUUUACUGGAUUUAAACUUACCAAAAGGUUCUGAAAAGAAGUCUGUCGUUUUGGGUAUUUCUGACAAAAACUUAGGUCCAUCUAUUAAGGAAGAUUUCCCAUAUGUCGACUGUAUGGCUAAUGAAUUAGCACAAGAUCUAUUACGUGGUAUCAGAUUACAUGGUGAAAAAUUAUUCAAAGAUCUACAAACUGGUGAUUUAGACAGAGCUCAAUUAGGUUUGGGUCACGCUUACUCAAGGGCUAAAGUGAAGUUCUCCGUUCAAAAGAAUGAUAACCAUAUCAUCCAAGCUAUCGCUCUAUUGGAUCAAUUAGACAAAGAUAUCAACACUUUUGCUAUGAGAGUUAAGGAAUGGUACGGUUGGCACUUCCCGGAACUAGCCAAGUUAGUUCCAGACAACUAUUCAUUUGCUAGAUUAGUCUUAUUCAUCAAAGACAAAGCUUCUCUAAACGACGAAUCUUUACACGAUUUAACCGCCAUCUUAAAUGACGACGCUGGUAUUUCUCAAAGAGUCAUCGACAACGCUAGAAUAUCUAUGGGCCAAGAUUUAUCUGAAACUGAUAUGGAUAACAUUUGUGUUUUCGCUAAGAGAGUUGUUUCAUUAGUAGAAUACAGAAGACAAUUAUACGACUACUUGUGUGAAAAGAUGCAUACCGUCGCUCCAAAUUUGUCUGAAUUAAUUGGUGAAGUUAUUGGUGCUAGAUUAAUCUCUCACGCUGGUUCUUUAACUAACUUAUCUAAACAAGCUGCUUCUACUGUCCAAAUUUUAGGUGCUGAAAAGGCUUUAUUCAGAGCAUUGAAAACAAAGGGUAACACUCCAAAGUAUGGUCUAAUUUAUCACAGUGGUUUCAUUGCCAAGGCUGCUGCUAAAAACAAGGGUAGAAUCUCAAGAUACUUGGCUAACAAAUGUUCCAUGGCUUCUAGAAUUGAUAACUACUCCGAUGAACCAACUAACGUCUUUGGUUCUGUCUUAAAGAAACAAGUUGAACAAAGAUUAGAAUUCUACGCUACCGGUUCUCCAACUUUAAAGAAUGAAUUAGCUAUUCAAGAAGCUAUGAAACUAUACAACAAGGAUGCUCCAAAGAGUGAAGAUGCUGCUGAAGAAACUAAAUCAUCUAAGAAGAGAAAGUUAGAAGUUUCUGACUCUGAAGAUGAAGAAAAGAAAUCUAAGAAGGAGAAGAAAGAAAAGAAGGAAAAGAAAGACAAGAAGGAAAAGAAGGACAAAAAGGAAAAGAAAGACAAGAAAGAGAAGAAAGACAAGAAGGAAAAGAAAGAUAAAAAGAAGAAGGAUUAG